AUGAAACCACCUUCUUCUACCUCAACCUCAAUGAAGAUCAAAACUCUAACUCACACCCUCAUCUAUGCUCAACUUUGCCGUCUCGUUCGAGUAUUUUCCGAGGCAAAAUCCAUCAUCGUUCAAAUCUAUAAAGAAAACAAGCCUAUAAAAUAUCUCAUUUCCAACUCCAAGGCCACAAAAAAGAAGCACAAGAAGCUCUUCUUUGGUUCAUUCAGGCUACACUAUAAUUGGUGCUCUUCUCAUGUUACACCAGUUCCCUCUCCGGUCCUAGAAGGGUGCACCGCACCACAUUUGUACUAUGAUUCGACGUGGAGUUCGGUUAUUCCCACGGAGCAAUGCGACCGAGUCACCGUGGAAUCACAGCUCUCAGGUUACCUGCAAUGGCUAGAAGAGAAGAAGGUUAAUUCGACCGGUGAAACGGAUAUGAAUGAGAUCGAUAAGCUAGCCGAGAUGUUCAUUGCGGAUUGCUAUGAAAAGUUUAGGUUGGAGAAACAAGAAUCUUACAGGAGAUUCCAGGAAAUGAUGGCUAGAAGCGUAUGA